CUCUCUCGAGCCGCUGAGUUCUUCCGAUCCUUAGAGCCGCCAUUCGCCUUUGUUAACAGAAUGGAUAGUCAGAUUAAGCAUGCGGUGGUGGUGAAGGUGAUGGGAAGGACCGGAUCACGAGGUCAGGUCACUCAGGUCAGAGUGAAGUUCACCGACUCCGACCGUUACAUUAUGAGGAAUGUCAAAGGACCCGUCAGGGAGGGAGACGUCCUGACUCUGCUCGAGUCCGAGAGAGAAGCCAGGAGACUUCGUUGAUGUUUGCUCAUCUCUCACUUGAUGGAUCGGUCUGUUCUGGUACUUGGUUAGUGACUAUGAGUGCGAUUUUGUUCUUCUCAUUUUAAGACAAGCGUGUGUGCGACAACAAUUCUGGUUCGACAUUCGGGUUCUAUAUGAUCCUAUUUGCAAAGGGUUUUUCAUGCCCCAUUUUUGUUU